AUGUCUCCUAAUACUGAUCCUUACACCCGCACCUUAAUUGUGGCGUUAAAGUCACCUUCUGUUGGCAAGUCUACAUCACAGAUCUCUGAACUUACUGAUGUUCAUCCUCGUACGGUCAAUCGUAUCUAUAGUAGAGCUAUUGAGGCUGGUUUCGAGCCAAACGUUCUCCCUCUUAAGAUCCUCCCAGAGCACGUACAAGACGCCCCUCGCUCUGGCCGACCUUCAAAGCAGACGGAUAAGGUAAAGGAGCAGAUAAUCCAACAAGUACGACGUGAUAGAUACGGACGAGAGAAGAGCUGCGCUGACGUUGCUGGUGCUCUCAGUCUUCAAGGAGUCAAUAUAUCACGCACUACAGUCUGGAGAGUAUUAAGAGAAGCAGGAUACAGAAAGACCAAGCCGACGAGGAAGCCUGGACUGACACAGGAGAUGAGGAGUGCUCGUCUUAAGUGGGCGCUUGAUCAUAAGGAC